GCGCGCCCCCCAGGGUCUCCGGCCGGAUCCCGCCCCCAGCCCGUGCCCUAGAGCUCAGGACCGCUGGCCCAGGCGCCGGGGAGUGACUCAGCGCGGGGAGGGUGGCGACUUGCUGGGGCUGGAGAUUCGAACUGUUCAGGGCCUUGAAUGCCGGGAUGAGUGGAGAGAACGAGUGCCUUCGGAGCUGGUCCUGGGGCUGAGCUGGGGACACCAAGAUGCCUGGUGAACAGCAGACAGAGGAGGAGGAAGAGGAAGAGAUGCAAGAGGAGAUGGUGCUCUUGGUGAAGGGUGAGGAAGAUGAGGGUGAGGAGAAGUAUGAAGUGGUGAAACUCAAGAUCCCCAUGGACAACAAAGAGGUCCAGAAGGAGGCGCCCGCGCCGUCUGCCGACCCGGCGCGCCCGCACGCGUGCCCGGACUGCGGCCGCGCCUUCGCGCGCCGCUCCACGCUGGCCAAGCACGCACGCACGCACACGGGCGAGCGGCCCUUCGCGUGCACCGAGUGCGGUCGGCGCUUCUCGCAGAAGUCGGCGCUGACCAAACACGGCCGCACGCACACGGGCGAGCGGCCCUACGAGUGCCCCGAGUGCGACAAGCGCUUCUCGGCCGCCUCGAACCUGCGGCAGCACCGGCGGCGCCACACGGGCGAGAAGCCGUACGCAUGCGCGCACUGCGGCCGCCGCUUCGCGCAGAGCUCCAACUACGCACAGCACCUGCGCGUGCACACGGGCGAGAAGCCGUACGCGUGCCCGGACUGCGGACGCGCCUUCGGCGGCAGCUCGUGCCUGGCGCGCCACCGACGCACGCACACGGGCGAGAGGCCGUACGCAUGCGCCGACUGCGGCACGCGCUUCGCGCAGAGUUCGGCGCUGGCCAAGCACCGACGCGUGCACACGGGCGAGAAGCCGCACCGCUGCGCCGUGUGCGGCCGCCGCUUCGGCCACCGCUCCAACCUGGCGGAGCAUGCGCGCACGCACACGGGCGAGCGGCCCUACCCGUGCUCCGAGUGCGGCCGGCGCUUCCGCCUCAGUUCGCAUUUCAUCCGCCACCGUCGCGCGCACAUGCGGCGCCGUCUCUAUAUCUGCGCCGGCUGCGGCCGGGACUUCAAGCUACCGCCUGGCUCCACGGCCACCACUGCCACCGAGCGCUGCCCAGACUGCGAGGGCAGCUGAGCCGCCGUUCUUGUCGCCGCGGGGCCGCAAGCGUCCGGCUGGGGUGGGGGAUUGGCGUGCACGCUGGGCCCCCCAUCUGGGCCUGCGUUAACCUGGCCCUCCAUCCCGGGCUGGGAAAGGGUGGGAUGGCAGGCCUGGCUGCCUUGGAACUAGGAGGCAGGGAGAAUCCCCUAACUGGGAACCCUGGAAACAGUACCCACUCCCCGCUCACUACAAUCCCUUGACCCGUGUUAGUGAAUAAAGUAUUAUAUCUUCGCCCCA